AUGAUAUUCCUCUGGCUCUUCCUUGGGUUCCUGCCUCUCGUUGCCCCCACCUGCCCUCCACCUUGCCAGUGCGCCACCAACAUAAUUGACUGCAGGUCGAAGGAUCUCACGAAAGAGACCAUUCCCACCUCCUUCAGUUCCUCGACCGUCAAGCUCUACCUCGUCAACAACUAUCUCACCUCCAUCCCCAGUGGGAUCUUUGACAACCUGAAGGACCUCCAGAUGGUCUACCUGUGGGGCAAUCCCUGGGAGUGUGACUGUGACAUCCUCUAUUUGCGCACCUGGCUCCAGUGGCAGCAGAACCGCACCCUCUACCGGAACGUGAUGUGCUCUUCCCCGUCCCACCUUCAAGGCAGGAUCAUCAGUUACUUGUCAGAAGACGAGAUCAUCGCCACGUGCCGAUCGUGGUACUGCAGCAUGGCCUUCAUCGCCCAGAUCGGCCUUUUCAUCUUCAUCCUCAUACAAGCCAUUUUGCUUUUCUCCAUCAUCUGUUACCUGAGGAGAUUCCGGAGGCUGGCCAAAGUAGCCUGGAGAGCAAACACAGAGUUGUACGAGGGUGUCAAUCAAUGGGCAGUUUCCCUUCAUGAUUGA